UGACAAUAUGCACAGUAGUUCCACUUUUAUUAUGUUUGCCACGCGCAAUAAAAUUCAUUCGGAAAUAAAUCCAGAAUCUUUAUUCCGCUAUAUCGUUCAAGCAAUAAGUAACGGUCGAACAAAUAUUGGGAAGAUUAGAUUAUUGUAAUACCCGAAGGUGCUAGUUUGACAACAAUUAACACUAUUCAUCGUAGACCAACCAAACUCAUAUGCGACGAGCCGUCUUCCGCUAGUUUCAAGCCUUAACAAUUGUUUUAUCUAAUUAUAAUCGAGUUAAACUGCUAAAUACAUAAACAAUCGGUAUAAGAUCACGGAUUCCAACCGAAAUAUUCGAUGUUGUGACGUUUUCUCUAAAUGUUUGUAUUGGCUGAUGUGCAGCAGACUUUUAAUUCAAAAUAAAUUGACCCGAUACAAUUCUUGUCUUCAAUAAAACGUUGUUCGAGGUUGUGGAUCUACAGUUUUCUAUGAUGAGUAUUUGAGAACAGCGUACGAUUGAAAUGUGUGAUAUUCUGAGUGUGGCCGGUUUUUUUUUAAUACUCGAAAUUGCAUAUCAUCAAACACUUGGAACUGUGUCGUCAGACUUCACACUCCACCCGAGAACGAAGAGAUACAGAAUCAAAUCUGGAACGUCAAUUUCAUUGAGUUGCAAUAAAAUAAAGAAUGAUAUUGACUGGCAAUUCAAGCCUUGUAUAAUGAACUAUAAAGGGAUGAAUUGUGAUAAUGAAGAAGGAGAAUUCACUAACCAAGGCACUUCAUGGAAAUUACUUCAUCACUUCAACAAAAACAAGAUUAUUAGAAUCGAAAAUGCUAGCUUAGAUGAUGUUGGAAUUUACAGAUGUAUAUCUGGACAUUUUAUUAGAAAAAUAUUCAUCUUAGAAAUAGAUGCAGUGACGUUUGUUUGGCCACCACCAAAAGUGAUAUCAGUGAUACCCAAUCAAAAGGUGAUCCACAUCAACAACCCUCUAACAAUUAAUUGUAGUGUUUCCAGUAGAACUCCACCCAAAAUUUUGUGGUUCAAAGUGUGUUGGACAAGCAUGUGCGAAUUAGAUUUUGCAGCUUAUGAUAUAGAAAUCGAAGAAAAUUUCAAUUGUCUCUGUCUCAUAAACAGUGCUAGUAAUAAUACCUAUAAUCGGGAAAAUUUAUAUGUGAGUAAAUUACAUAUUUUUAAGACACAUAUGUGGGAUGGAGGUACAUAUGUGUGUUCUGCGCUUUCAAGUGAUGGAAAAGAUUAUAAAAAUGUUACUAUAUCCGUUGAAUUUGAGAAACACCAGUACGGUUACAGUUUCAAAUCUUAUGUUACACUCUUGUUCAUUCCUUUAAUUUUCAUAUUGUUAUAUGUACUUUCUUAUAUCAUUUGUGCUAGUAAAAGAAAGAAAUCUCUCAAUAAUGAACAGUUACAAUAUCUUAAAAGUAAGACCCAUGUGAUACCUGUAAAGUGACAAUACGAAAUAAGUUAAAUGAAAUUUAUACCUAUUUUUUGAGAAAUAUUUCGAAAAAUCACAUGACAUGAUAAUGAAUUCUCUUUCUGAAAAUAAUUCCAAAAAUAAAUUAUGAUAAUAGAUCAAGCAGAAGGUUACUAAGAACUUUAUAUUGAAUAAAGAACAGUUUUCAUUUGA